UUCGUUUAUGUUAUAGUGUAUUAGAUUUGUUGUUAAAAAUAUUUGUGUAUUUAAAAUUCUUCGUAUUUUGCGAAACUUUCUUUCGGGAGUCAAAAUUGAAAGUAAAAAUGAGUUGCAGUAGGCGACGUCUACAGAUUGAUAAUUGGUUCCAGUGUGAUCCGAAGAAACCUUUACCGAAAACCACAUAUGAAGAAACAUUUGAUGGGAGAGAUAUUCGGAUAACAAAACAAGGGAUAGCGCCCCGAAAACUUAUUAACUUUCAGUCAUACACAAUGGAAGAUUUGAGUUUUGAUCCAAUGCCCAAUCAUCCAGUAGAAAAAUAUUCUUGGACAACGUUUUAUAGAAGAGACUUUGUGGUUCCUCCACAGUUAAAUAAUAAGAAAAAUAUAUACAUCAAAGAUAAAAACGAAGAUAAAAGAGAAGCUAAAGAAAUUCCCUUUUUAUGGAAUCGAAAAGUUCAUAAUGAUUUUGAAUGGAAUACGCAUAUUGAUUUUAAAUUUAUGGAUGACCAUUUAUUUGAUCUCUCAGCUGCUCGUAAAGAAAUUAAUAAAUACAGACAAUUAAGAAAUAGCGCUUUUAAAUUUGAAGAACUUUCUGGGGUUGAACCAUGUAAAAGAGUUGAUGCAAAAUAAAUCUGCACCGGGGCCUAUUUGAAGAACUAGAAUGACUUGUAAAUAUGUAGAAUUUUACUAUUGGUACUAUUGCUAUUUAUUCAAAUGAAUUGAAAAAAGUAAUUCUAGGUCCAUACAUUACAGAAUUUCAAAUUUUAAAAUUAUUAUGUAGAGUCAGUGUUAAAUUUUACGAAUGCUUCUGGAUAUUUCUAAUACUCUAAAUUGUGUAUACGUUUAAUAAAAAUAC